UGGCUCAUGCUUGCCGAAGCUAUCGAACAUUAUAAGCUGCAGGGUGUUGAUCACUUCUAUCUUUAUGUGAAGGACAAGGAUGACUAUUCCUACAAGUUGAUAGAAAGUUACGAACAAAGUGGAGAAGUAGAGGUGAUCAAUUUGCGAACAACGCUAGACCGGCCUGGAGAAGAAUGGCAAUUUGUUGGAAUUCAGGAUUGUCUUCAACGCAGUCGUCAUCACUCAAAAUAUGCGAUAUUUUCAGACCUUGACGAACGCAUAACACCGAGUGACAAUGUUACGCUACGCCAUUAUGUUGGGGCAAUUAUGAAGGAUUACGCUGCAAUGUACUUCCAACCUCGUCGAAUACUUCGAACAAGUCGCGUUCCAGAACGAUAUGAGGGGGACGUAACUCUUCGCGCACAUCUCCCAACAUUGGUCUUCAACAAUUCUACAAUUAUCUCUCCUCCGGGUACUCUCGAUAAAUGUAUUCUUGAUCCAACUAGGGUAUUCAUUAUGGAUGUUCAUAACGUUGCGGUAUUUUUCCCUGGG